UUCAAAUUGCAACGUCAAUGGAAUUGGCAAACAGGGAUGUGGUCGAAAUAUCAAGUGGCAGUGUUAUGCCAAUGGUGAAGGAGCAAUAUUUUUCUAGAAAGCAAUGGUUUAAUACCUCAAAAUGUACACUCUAAAAAAACUUGAGUCAAUCGCGUGACUAAUUCGGAAGAGUUAGGAACAAAAUGACUCAAUCGUGACUCGAGCGUCAUUUCUCUCGCACUCUCACUCGUUUUUAAGUCAAAUAUUCUCUCGUUUGACGACCGCCUUCUUUCUCUCGCCGCUAAUUUCUCUGUUUAUUUUUUAAAGUUGGAACCGGCGAAGCGUGGAAUUGGGCGGGGAAAUUGUUUUCGAAGUCGUCAUUUUCCUUCUCGCGUUGUCGACGGCGGUGGUUUCGGCCGAAGGUUAUCAUGCAGCAUGGCCACUCACAGCUUGCGUGGCCUAUCAGUUACGGUUAAAGAUAUUAUGCUGGGAUUUUUAUUUUGCGUGAGAGGCCAAUAGGACAGUUGGAUGGGGUAGGCUAGGUCGUUGUUUUUUACAGUUGGAUUACAGAGUGAAUUGCUGUUAUGAAAGAAUGGAAUUUAGCUUUCACCUGCUACAUUCUGACAGUGCUAACAGUUUCGGAGCGAUUGUCCGUUGUCGGGCCAUUAUUAUGAUCCUCUUCGUGGUUCCGGCUUUAUAGAAAACAAGCUCAAAACUUUACGAAAACAAAUGGCAAUAGAAGAUAAGAUGUAUAAAAAACAAAAAAGAGAAGCCACUCAACAUAUGCAAGUAGUUCCAGUUUUGGGAGUAGCGAAGAUGCUGACACCAGUGGGAGUACUGUUGAACUGGAUGCCUCACUUCUGGAAGACGAUAGCCCUAUACUGAAGGUGGGAAAUUUCUGAUUUUUUUAUAUGUGGUUAUUUUUAUUUCUCCGCAGCUAGUAUUUUAUGGGAAUAUUUUAUAUGUAUAUUGCUUUUCAGAUUAAAUGGCUGAUAGAAACCACACCUAACAAGGACAAUAAGGCAGAAAUAUAUAACAUAAUGAAGGAAAGUCAUGACUAUCGUAGGCUUGAAAUACAGCUGAAGCCUAUGACCUUAACUGACAUUUUAGAAAAGUACCCAAGGUUCUGUGAUGCUUAUGAGGGUGGAUUGAUUAACUGUGAAUUUGAGAUGAAUUGCCCGGAGUGUAAGAAGUUUAUGGAAAUUUUUCCACCACUCAUUCAAAAAAUUUUUAAAAUGGAUCAGGAUUGUGUUCAGUGUGAUGAUGAUGGACUAAAGAGUCUUCUAGUUCUAUCGAGGAUUUUGCCACCUCUCAACACAAAGGGGAAGAAAGGACAAGAGCAGUGGGCAUUAUUUAAGUUUCAAGGAGUGCGUACUCUGUUUCCUAACUUGUUUGCAAAAUACCAUAGCAGAUGCAACGUGACAUGCUUCUGAAUGAGUUUUCAAAGUGAUGACAUCCUUUGGAAACUUAUUCAUUCAUUUUUAUUCAGGCCGGCUGCAACGUUGGAUAUUAUGCUGAAACCAAGCCUCCAUCAUUGAGACAGCCAUUUUUAUUGGUCAUUGGUCCGAAAUCUGAUCCUGAGGAAUUCUUCUUAAUUCUUGACAAGAAAGCGGUGCCAGUUGGAAAUUCAUCAUUGUUGGCUUUUUAUAGACUGUUCGCUUCGUUUUGGAUAUUUGGAAUUGAGUACUAUGAAAAACUGGCAACUUUCUUCAAUUUUUUUGAAGCUAUUCUUUUCGGCAUGGCUCCCAAACCUUCAGUGGCCUCAUUGUUGGCUGCAUUGGACUUUGUGUAAAAAAAA